AUGUCCAGUCAUCUCUACAACCAGGACCUUGUUAUUUAUCUCGAGGUCCACCCGGAUCCUUCUGAGAAUCGCCCCUCCAUGUUCAUACUGACAGAAGCUGGCCAGCUCAUUCGCAGCGGGAUGAACUCGGCUGGCCUGUCUGUUACUGCCAACUCACUGCUUGCCACAACGGAUUACGUACCCAUCUCCCACAUCGACCAAGAUGGUGUCUACCAGGAAGUCGAGCCUAAGCUUGUGCUACCGCUUUCACUUGCUCGUCGCGUCUACCUUGAAUAUGCGAAUUACGCUGAAGGAAUAACGGCCAUCAACGCUUUCCCGCGUCAUGUCUCAGGAAACCUCCAUGCAUCGACAGCUGAUGGCUUUUGCUUGGCAUUAGAAUGCGCACCGGAGCGAGCGUACAAGUUCUAUGGUAACAUCGAUGACAAUUACGUUAUCCACAGCAACCACUUCCUCAGUCCGGAGUUUCAGGGACGCGACGACGUCAACGACCGUUACGCAGGCGGUAGCAGCUGGUACCGGGCUAGGCAGGCCGAAAAAGGAGUACGGAAAGGUGCUCGGGACGGCACGCUGACACCUGACAGCAUCAAGACGGCAUUCUCAGAUCACCUUGCCUACCCAGAAAGCCUGUGCAAUCACCCGAACACCAAGCAGAGGAACGCACCCAGUGCUGUACUUACCGGAUAUACGUCGAAGCUGAACAUGACAGUUGCAUUUGUCAUAUACAACCUGUCACAAAGAAAGAUCACUGUAUGCAAGGGACCUCCUUGCCAAGGGGUGCUUCAGAACUUUGAGCUGAAAGAUCGGACAAGAUUGCAAAAAUAA